AUGAUGGAAAAUGUGGACGAAUUGGACGGAAACUCACAGUUAAAUUUGCCUAGUGUAAACAUAUCCAGAACGUCUGAUUAUGCAACGAAUGAAAUUGGUGGCGAAUCAAGCGAUAAUUCGACACUGGUCGAAAUGCUUACUGAAAUAAAACGGCUUAUGGAUGAAAAUCAUCAAAGUUACCAUGCUGAUAUACAACAAAUUUUAGAGGAAAACAAUAAUUUGAAGCAGAGAGUUAAAGAAACGGAAUUCCAAACAGCAGACACUCAGACACGCCUCGUUGACUUUGAAACCCGACUUAUAACAGUUGAAGAUAGCGUGGCAGGUUUAGGCAAAGUGCUUACAGAACUAAGGCCUGCAUUGAACGAAAGUUUUGUUGAGAAACUUAAUAAGCGAACGGACGAAAUUCGUGAUGAAUCUCGGCGAUAUUUCGUAGAGAACUUUUCAAAGUUAUUAUCGGCGCUAGAAUCCCUUGAAAAGCAUGUUGAAUACAUUGAAGUUGAUUUGCAAUUCCUAAUAGAAGAAUCAAACAAAAGGGGCGCUGGCGUGGAACGACGUAAACAAUCAACCCCGAUAUCCCUUAUCCCACGCGAAGACAAAUUUGAUGAUGGAGUACAAUCGGACGGAAAAAAUUCAUUGGGCAACUCAAACCUCUCUAAGCGAAAGUUACCUACAUCACCA